UUAGUAUAAAUGUCUCAAACACUUGGAGGUCCCAUAAAGGUUAAAAUUUCCUACAAGGGAGAUACAAGAAAGGUGAACUGAGUAAAAGAUUACAAUGAACUGCAUGAUAUCAUCUGACAGCUCUUCACUCUUGAGUCUCAAGAUUUUGUGAUUCGUUAUGCCAGCGGAAAGAAAAAUAGCUGUAUUACUUGUCAAAAAGAUUUCUUGGAAGCUUUUGAAGAUUUUGAAAGUUCUCCUAAAGCUUGUAUCAAAUUUUCUGUCACAGAACAGAAUAAGAAGAAUAGUCACUUCACUCCUCACAAGCAGGGAGAACAGAAGAACCUAGAGACUCCUAUGGGUUGUGAGAAUAUUCAAUCAAAAGUUACUCAAUUGACUGAAGGAAAGAAUAAUAGCCAUAUGGACACUUAUAACUUCAGUUCUGACAAAAAUAGUUCUGAUCAUUUCCAACAGGAAGAAAUCAAGGUUCCUCUAGAGGGUUUAGCUCGAAUAAACAAACCUGAAUGCUUAAAGGAUGAUAAAAGCCAAGGGAGUCAAGAGAAGUCUGAAAUAGAUCUUCAUCAGAAGCAUGCUGGGAUUCAUGAAGAGUAUUACUGAAAUGGCUGAGAUCAAUUCCCUUUACAAGGGCCACGAUUUAAAUGCAUCGUCUGUGAAGAUUUAGAUUUAUGUCUCAAAUGUAGUAGAAGCUGUCACCAACACCAUCCUAUGAUUAAAUUUGACUCUCAUAAUAAUUAUUUAGACUAUCUCAAAAAGCUAAAAGCUCUUUAUACUGAUCAAUGCGAAAAUGAUGGAGAACUAAUAAAGCCGAGAAGCACUAUUUCUCCACUUGGGAUUUUCAAGAAGAUAUCGAAUAUGUUUUCUCUCACAAAUACAGAAGUGAAAAAGUCAGAUUAAUUCAAUGAUAAAGUUGUUGGGCGGACACCUAGCAAUAACUAAUGGAGAUAAGGAAUGGAUUUCUAUCGUUUUAUCAAGCUGCUUCAAUGAGAUGACUCAGAUAUUAGCUUCACAUAUCUGGACCUAGUUUUAAAGUAUAAAUAUAACUCUGGAGAAGAGAUUAACCCUGGGGAAUGCACUGACAUCAGGAUGAUGCUCAUGACCCCUAAAAGAAUCGGUACUUUUGUUUAUAAGUUGUGACUAUUUACUGAGAAUUCUAAAAUGUGUAGUGAAGAGUUAGACUAUUCUUUAAAUGCGACAGAAAACUCUAAGGAAGCUAAUAUUUCACACUUAAGUUCUCUCAAGCCUGAUGUGAAACAGAUUUACUCAGAGAUUCUCAGGAAUAUCAGAGUCACUAUUCACUAACCCAAAAAAUCUCCGGGAAGCU